UCAAAUGCUUCAGACCCUUGUGGGUCUUACAAAAGUCUGGAUAACCCGUAUCGAAGCACUGGCUAUGUGGCAACAGAAGGGAUUGAUCCCAUGAUUUGUGAUUAUAAUCUACAAACUGGGUGGUAUCGCUUUGUUAGUAAAGUAGGAGGAAAGAUGCCUGAGACAAAAGUCGGCAAAGGCCACUGUGGAACAAUUGCACCGAUUUGGAUGCGAGGCAAACAUCCCUCGAAUGCGGAAGGUAUCGUUAACCGAACCGCUUGCGUUAACUUCAAAAACCUGUACGGUGGAUGCAUACCAGUUCGUAUCAAAGUUAAGAACUGCAACUAUUUUUUCGUCUACCGUCUAGUAGCACCAUAUGGUUGUCAAAUGGCUUAUUGUGCAGGUAUGCCCUAAAGUUCUGUUUCAACGGAAAUGAAGUGUAGUGAGCGACAUGUGUUAGUUCUAUUCAUUUCUGUUAACUGGAUUGGCUAGAAUUAGCAGCAGUUUGAUCACGUAACAAGAUUAUUUAAUCAUAAACAGUAAGGCUACACCUUGGAUAGGUCAAUAAAAACAGCGGACAGGUCCGUGAGCUGUAUUGCGUUUCUGUUGCGGCAGACACCUCUUUCCUUUAAGUGUCUUCCUGCGAAUACAAAUCAGGUUUCGAAAGCUAACUGUUUUUGUCUUCGCGUUGCCUGUUUUUCUUUGCGUGUCUGUUUUUUUUUUAAAGGCAGAUUGAGACAAUUAUUAACGACAGAUGUGGACCUACGAUUUAUCACUUUAAGAAAAAAAAUUGUUAAAAUAAUCGGGCAUUGAUGGUGCAGGCAUUUACGCACCUUGACAGCAGUAAAUGUUUUUGAGCUAAAAUUGCCGUUUAUCGUCGAUGCAGAGUUACCGAAGUGACUUUAGGCUCUGGGGAUAUGUGAUCGAAUUUCUUUAAAUGGAGGACAUUUUUUUCCCCCAAAGUUCUCGACCAGUCGUAUUUGCUUGUGUAUUUUUGUGUUAUGAGCUUCACAAGGUUUUAUGCUUUACCUAAAGUUAGCGAUUCAAUUGUUCAUUCAAUUCCCACACUCUGAAAGAAAUUGCCGCCUAGUUUGUAUGAACUCACCCCGCGAACGUAGUCAGUAAAACAAGGAAAAAAAACAGUUAUUAGUAUGAUUUGAAUAAAGCAAUGACAAAACAAAUGGCGUAAACGUCACUUCGCUCAAAGAUCAGAAGUUUUUCUGUUUCUUUUUUUUUAACUGUCGACAUUGGCGCCGGUAUUAUAUUGUCUUUUUAACGCUCGCACGUCCUCCGAGCAAAUUCAAACAUUCGUGUCAAAAGGAAAUGCUGUGUAAAAGUAAUUAAGAAAUAUUAUAAUAAGCUCCACAACAAUAUACAAUGAUGUUCACGACGUUUGGUCAUCUUAAAAUGCAACUUGACCCCAAACAACUUCUGGCGUCAUAUCUCGUUACCAUAGCAACCACUCAGCACCACACUUGACCCUCACUAAGGAAAAAGAGGAUUGGCAAAGAUAUCAUAAAAUGCCUUUUAUUGACUGAUUGAUUGAUUGAUUUUCUCACACUAUACUGUGACUAUACUGUUUCAGGUACUUUAAGGCCAUGCCCGAGAGGCCAAAGUGGUUUAUUCCCAAACUGCACAGGUAAAAAAAAAUGUUGUUAUAUGAUACAGUUGGUAGGGUGGCGCCUAAUGUCAAAACAAGUUUUUUACUCAAUGAUAUGUUGAAUAUCGCUAAUAUUUACUCCAGUGCCCGGUGUAUAAAAAUUUUAGUUUAUCUUCAGCUUGUCUUUCUUAUUAGUUCUCCGGAAAGCGGACUUUCCUUUUCAUCAAGUUCCAGUUCCCAGUGUGACCUACAUUGAUGACAACGAAAUAAAGGUUACAUUAAAGUGCGGUGUUAAAGUACCACCUUGGGGCAAUGUCUCCUUCGAGAUCCAGUGGUUUGUCAACGGCCAAGUUUCAAAAUCUGCUCAGUGCAAUGAUCCAGCUACAAGCCAAUGUGCACAUUUGCAAAAUUAU